GGCCGCGCCUAAGAAGUGCACGACCAGCAUAAGCAGUUGUUGUUUGUAGUGGAUGUUGUUCAAACUUUUAUUACCAACACUAGUAGUAGUUGUAGAAUUAGUACCUAAUAAAAAAUUUAUUCGACCGCGAGUGUUUUCGCGUAUUUAUUCUUCUGCUGGUGUUAAGUGCACGUCCGUUAGAAAGGUCCUUCAGAGUAUCGCUUCGAGGAGUUAAUACUAGCAGCAGCUUUCGCAUGUGUCAGGAUUAAUAAUAACAGGAAAACGUAAGAAAAACGGGUAUGGUGAUAGCACUAAGGGCAACCCUAGUGGUGGCCCUAAUAGGAAAUAUUCACCUUUCACAAACGCAGGAUACCCAUGCUAGUCUAUUCAAUUGUCCUAAUGGUUGGGAGCUUCGUGGUCUAUACUGUUACAAAUUUUUCAACAUUAGACAUUCGUGGGAGAAAGCCGCGGAACUUUGUAAAAGGUAUGGAAGUGACUUAAUGGCAGUGGAAUCUUAUAGCGAAAACAACCUGACGGCGUCCAUAGCGUCAUCAACCGUCCCAUUGGACAGGAGAGGCAUAAGUCAUUACUGGCUCGGUUUGGCCUCCUUAGAUGACCUAAGAACGAACACCUUGGAGUCAGCGGCUGGUACACUCGUUUCACAAUAUUCAGGUUUUUGGUCCCUAAAACAACCAGAUCCUAGUGCCGGAGAAUGCGUGGACGUAUCAAUAACAGAAGAAACUCAAUCAUGGGAGCUGUCAACUUGUGAAAGCCUUUUACCGUUUAUGUGCAGAACAAGAGCCUGCCCAAAAGGCGCAUUCCAUUGUUCCAACGGGAAUUGUAUAAAUGACGCUUUCAAAUGUGACAAACAGAACGACUGCGGCGAUUGGUCCGACGAGAUAGACUGCCCCACUAACUGUAAUUACUACAUGGCCAGUAGCGGAGAUGUUGUUGAAAGUCCUUAUUAUCCCCACAAAUACGCUCCCCUCACCAACUGCAAGUGGACUCUGGAGGGCCCGCAGGGGCAUAAUAUUCUUCUACAGUUCCAAGAAUUCGAAACGGAAAAGAGUUUUGACACAGUCCAGAUUUUGGUGGGAGGCAGAACCGAAGACACCUCAGUUAAUUUGGCAACACUUUCCGGUAAACAAGAUCUCACAAACAGGUCCUUCGUGUCGGCGUCUAAUUUCAUGAUCAUCAAAUUCAGCACCGAUGCUUCAGUAGAAAGAAAGGGAUUCCGCGCAAGUUGGAAAACGGAACCUCAAACAUGCGGGGGGACCCUUAGAGCAACUCCUCAAGGACAAGUUCUGUAUUCUCCCGGAUAUCCUGAACAAUAUCCUGGAGGCCUCGAAUGUUUAUAUAUAGUUCAAGCGCAACCUGGACGAAUAAUAACUUUGGAGGUUGAUGAUUUGGAUCUCGACGAAGGAAGAGAUUACAUUUUGGUAAGAGAUGGCGAUUCUCCAAAAAGUCAAAUAAUCGCAAGACUGACGGGCAGUUUGGAAAACAACCAAAGAGUAAUCAUAUCAACGAAUAAUUUAUUGUACCUGUACUUGAGAACUAGUCUGGGUGAUUCUAACAGAGGCUUCAGGAUCAGAUAUGCUCAAGGAUGCAGAGCUACUAUUGCUGCGAGAAAUGGAACGGUAAUGUCUCCAGCCUUUGGUCUAAGUAAUUAUCCUAGCAAUCAGGAAUGUCUUUACAAAAUAAGAAAUCUCGCUGGAAGUCCUCUAUCGCUUAAAUUUGAUGAUUUUGAUGUUGACAAGUCCGACUUUGUACAGGUAUACGAUGGCGCAACGACAAGUGGAUUACGACUCCAUCCUGGAAAAGGAUUUACUCAAAAUUCUAAUCCGAAAAUCACCCUUACAGCAUCCAGUGGUGAAAUGUUGAUCCGUUUUAACACUGACGCUUUACAUAACGCCAAGGGAUGGUCGGCUACUUUUUCAGCAGACUGUCCACCUUUACAACCGGGAAUAGGAGCUCUUGCAUCAAGCAGGGAUACAGCGUUCGGCACCAUUAUUACCUUCACAUGUCCAACUGGUCAGGAAUUUGCCACAGGCCGUUCCAGAAUCACUACCCAGUGUUUGCUCGGUGGUAAUUGGUCUAUCACUUACAUUCCAAAAUGUCAAGAGGUUUAUUGCGGUCCAGUGCCACAGAUAGACAACGGAUUUUCAACUGGAUCUACAAAUGUAACGUACAGGGGUGAAGCAAUGUACCAAUGCUAUGCGGGAUUUGCGUUUCCCACUGGCCAGCCGAUUGAAAAGAUCUCUUGUCUUGCCGAUGGACGAUGGGAAAAGAAACCGUCAUGUCUGGCUUCCCAAUGUCCCACAUUACCUGACGUACCACAUGCAAACAUAACAAUUUUGAAUGGACUUGGACGAAGUUAUGGUACAAUUGUUCGAUACGAAUGUGAUCCAGGUUACGUUAGAAGUGGUCACCCGGUUAUAUUGUGUAUGAGCAACGGUACAUGGUCCGGCGAUGUUCCCACAUGUUCAAGAGCCAGAUGUUCAGUAUUCCCCGAUAUUAAGAACGGAUUCAUAACAGACACCGCUAGACAAUACUUUUAUACAGAUGAAGCAAGAGUUCAAUGUCAUAAAGGAUAUAAACUCAUAGGAAGUGGAACUAUUCGAUGCACUGAAAAUCAGGAAUUUAGUACACCUCCUAAGUGCGAAGAUAUCAACGAGUGUAUCAACAAUCAAUGCGAUGCCGUAUCUACUGAGUGUAUCAACGCACCUGGUUCAUUCUCCUGCAAAUGCAGAAAAGGAUUCUCUCCGACUUUAGAAUGUAGACCAGUAGGCGACUUAGGCCUUAUCAACGGUGGCAUUCCUGACAGCUCCAUUUCAGUUUCUAGUACAGAGGAUGGAUAUGAUAAGAACAUGAUACGAUUAGGAAGUAAAGGUUGGUGUGGAAGCCUAGCGGAACCAGGUGCGAACUGGGUUAUGGUAGACUUGAAGGCACCAACUGUCAUCAGAGGAUUCAGAACAAUGAGCGUAGGCAGAGAUGAUGGAAUGCUGGCUUUCACGUCAGCUGUAAGAAUCCAAUACACAAACGACCUCACAGAUGUGUUCAAAGACUACCGGAAUCCGGAUGGAACGGCCGUAGAAUUCAGAAUUUUGGAACCCACAUUGUCUGUUCUCAAUCUACCAAUGCCAAUUGAAGCCCAAUACGUUAAAUUUAAAAUACAAGACUACGUGAUCGCACCAUGUAUUAAAUUGGAAAUAAUGGGUUGUACUCGACUGGAAUGUGCCGAUAUAAACGAAUGUGCUGUGGAUAAUGGAGGUUGCGAUCAAAAAUGUAUCAACACCGCAGGUGAUUACUCAUGUGGAUGUAACGUCGGCUACGAACUGUAUACAAAAAAUGGUACUGCUGGAUAUCUAAUUGAAUCAACCGAAAAUGGAAUACGAGACGGAGACAUCUACCAAGUAAACAAAUCUUGCGUUCCUAUACAAUGUCCAACUUUACUUCCUCCAGAAAACGGAGCACUUUUAGCAACGAAGGAAAAAUAUCAUUUUGGAGAUUUGGUUAAAUUCCAGUGUGAUUUUGGAUAUAUUAUGGCCGGAUCUUCGUCACUUCUUUGUACUUCCACGGGAGCUUGGAACGGAUCAGUCCCCGAAUGUCAAUAUGCCCAGUGCGUAUCUCUACCGGAUUCCAAAAACGAAGGACUAAGUGUUCUUCGUGCUGAUGAGGCCAGUGUCCUAGUACCAUUUAGAGAAAAUAUAACGUUGAAUUGUGGCGCUCCUGGACGUAAUCUUAGGAAAACCGUAACAUCAAACUUCAGGCAAUGCGUUUAUGAUCCAAAACCCGGUCUUCCAGACUAUUGGCUAAGUGGUGCUCAGCCGGCCUGUCCAAGAGCAAACUGCGGCAAACCACAGCCAACCCCCGGUGCUGAAUACGGUCAAUACGUUGAUACCCGCUAUCAAUCUUCCUUCUUCUUCGGUUGCCAGAAUACCUUUAAGCUCGCAGGUCAAAGCAGUAAACACGACAAUGUCGUCCGAUGUCAGUCCAACGGUGUGUGGGACUUUGGAGAUCUUCGUUGCGAAGGUCCCGUGUGCGAAGAUCCUGGCAGACCCAGCGACGGAAUCCAAAACGCAAGAAGUUAUGAGCAGGGUUCAGAAGUCCAUUUUGGAUGUAAUCGACCCGGAUAUAUUCUUAUCAAUCCACGACCCAUCACAUGCAUCCGCGAACCGGAAUGUAAAGUUGUUAGGCCUCUUGGCCUUGCUUCUGGAAGAAUACCAGACUCAGCAAUCAAUGCAACAAGCGAGAGACCAAACUAUGAAGCUAGAAACGUCCGUCUAAAUUCAGUCACAGGUUGGUGCGGCAAAGAGGAAGCUUUUACUUAUGUUAGUGUCGAUCUAGGUAAAGUGUAUCGUGUAAAGGCGAUCCUUGUGAAAGGCGUUGUUACCAACGACAUCGUUGGACGACCGACAGAAAUCCGAUUCUUCUAUAAACAGGCCGAAAGUGAAAAUUAUGUCGUUUACUUCCCCAAUUUCAAUUUAACCAUGAGAGAUCCUGGAAAUUACGGUGAACUUGCUAUGAUUUCGCUUCCGAAAUACGUGCAAGCCCGUUUUGUUAUUUUAGGAAUUGUUAGUUACAUGGAUAACGCUUGUUUGAAAUUUGAACUUAUGGGAUGCGACGAGCCUGAUGUUGAACCUCUCCUUGGAUACGAUUACGGCUACUCGCCUUGCGUUGAUAAUGAAACUCCUGUUUUCCAAAAUUGUCCACAGUUACCGGUCGUGGUUCAGAAAGAUGCAAACGGUGGCUUACUUCCUGUUAACUUUACCGAACCCACAGCCGUUGACAACUCAGGAAGCAUAGCUCGACUUGAAAUAAAGCCACAACAUUUCAAAACCCCAACCCACGUCUUCCACGACACAGUGGUUAAAUAUGUGGCGUUUGAUUAUGAUGGAAAUGUUGCCAUUUGUGAAAUUAAUAUCACAGUUCCAGAUAAUACACCUCCUCUUCUGAGUUGCCCUCAGAGUUAUGUGAUAGAGUUGGUGGACAGACAGGACAGUUACACAGUAAACUUCAAUGAAACUAGAAGAAGGAUCAAUGCUUCCGAUUCAUCAGGCGAAGUUUACAUAGCAUUCGUACCAGAAAGAGCUACCAUACCCAUCGGUUCCUUUGAAAAUGUUACUGUAUUCGCUAGUGAUAAAUAUGGAAACAAAGCCAUGUGUCACUUCCAGGUAAUGGUUAAACCGACCCCGUGUGUGGACUGGGAACUUAAGCCUCCAGUUAAUGGAGCAAUCAAUUGUCUUCCUGGCGACAAAGGCCUCCAAUGUAUAGCUACAUGUAAUCCAGGAUAUAGGUUCACUGAUGGCGAACCUGUAAAGACUUUCACGUGUGACUCCAGAACGCCAUGGGCACCGACGUCUGUUGUUCCCGACUGUGUUUCCGAAAAUACCGAGCAAGCAGAUUACCAUUUGACGGCAACCAUAAACUACAGAGCCAAUGGUGCGGUGGCGACAGCAUGUUUGAACCAAUACACCGACCUUAUCUCUCAGCAUUACGGAAGCUUAAACAAUCUUCUAUCGCAGCGCUGUUCGGCUGUUAAUGUAAACAUGAACGUGUCCUUCAUAAAAGCCGUACCUUCUCUCAUAGAAGAGAAUGUCGUUAAAAUCGACUUCAUUGUCGGCAUCAUACCGGCCAUUCGUCAACCACAACUAUAUGACCUUUGCGGUUCCACGUUAAAUCUCAUCUUUGACCUUUCUGUGCCAUAUGCAAGUGCCGUAAUCGAAUCGCUACUAAACAUAUCCGCCAUAGGGAACCAAUGUCCUCCGCUCAGAGCUCUGAGAUCUUCCAUUUCCAGAGGAUUCACUUGUAACAUAGGCGAAGUAUUAAACAUGGAUACAACCGAUGUUCCUAGAUGCUUACACUGUCCUGCCGGAACCUUCGCAGCCGAAAAACAGAAACAAUGUACUUAUUGUCCAAAAGGUUACUAUCAAAACCACGAUCGUCAAGGGUCUUGCAAGAGAUGUCCAGCCGGCACUUACACUCGAGAACAAGGUUCUAAGAGUAUCCACGACUGUAUUCCAGUUUGUGGUUAUGGAACAUAUUCUCCAACUGGAUUGGUACCGUGUUUGGAAUGUCCUAGGAACAGUUACAGUAGCGAGCCACCGGUUAGCGGAUUUAAAGAUUGUCAGGCAUGUCCCGCAAACACCUUCACCUUCCAACCCGCUGCUCCUGCUAAAGAGCUAUGUAGACCCAAAUGCGGACCUGGAAUGUAUUCCAGUACAGGUCUAGCUCCUUGCUCUUUAUGUCCUAAGAACUUCUACCAACCCAAACCAGGAUCAGAUACAUGUAUCGAAUGUCCUACAAACACACAAACUGAAGGACCCGGUGCCACAGGAAGGGAGCAAUGUUUACCGAUUCAAUGUACAGACAACGCAUGUCAACAUGGAGGACUCUGCAUACCACUUGGUCACGGAAUUCAGUGCUUCUGUCCUGCAGGGUUUUCAGGACGUCGUUGCGAAAUCGACAUUGAUGAAUGUUCAUCACAGCCGUGUUACAAUGGAGGCUCAUGCAUAGACCUUCCACAAGGAUACAGAUGCCAAUGUGCUCCAGGGUACUCUGGAAUCAACUGUCAAGAAGAGCGAUCUGAUUGUAGAAACGAUACUUGCCCCGAGCGUGCCAUGUGUAAGGAUGAGCCAGGAUAUAACAAUUACACUUGCCUUUGUAGAUCUGGAUACACAGGAAUUGAUUGCGACAUUACCAUUGAUCCUUGCACAGCGAACGGCAAUCCUUGCAGUAACGGUGCUACAUGCGUUGCAUUAUUACAAGGACGUUAUAUGUGUGAAUGCCUACCAGGGUGGGAAGGACAACACUGCGAAAUUAACACAGACGAUUGCGCUGAAAAGCCCUGCCUUCUGGGAGCAAACUGUACAGAUCUGGUAGCUGACUUUAGUUGUGCAUGUCCUCCAGGUUUUGCCGGAAAGAGGUGUCAAGAAAAGGUGAAUUUAUGCCGUUCUAACCCUUGCAAAAAUGGUAUUUGUGUGGACAGGCUAUUUAAUCACGAAUGCGUCUGUAAUCCUGGAUGGACAGGCGAAUCUUGUGAAACCAAUAUGAACGAUUGCUCUCCUGAUCCUUGCGAAAAUGGCGGUCAAUGUACCGACCUUGUGGACGAUUUUGUCUGUACUUGCGAAGCAGGAUUUACUGGAAAACGUUGCCAACACCCGAUCGACUUCUGUGCCUCCGAACCUUGUCAAAACGGCGCAAGUUGCGAAAAUCAAGUCGACGGAUUCACUUGUAAAUGCAGACCAGGCUACGUGGGUUUACAGUGCGAAGCUGCAAUAGACGAAUGCCUCAGUGAUCCAUGUGAUCCUGUAGGAACCGAAAACUGCAUCGAUUUGGACAACAAGUUCCUAUGUGUUUGUAGGGAAGGAUUUACUGGCACCCUGUGUGAGGAAAACAUUGAUGAUUGCAAAUCUGACCCCUGCUUAAAUGGUGGAACAUGUCGCGAUGAAGUGGGCGCUUAUCGUUGCGUAUGUAAUCCAGGAUGGACUGGGGCCAACUGCGAACAAGAUAUUGGCACAUGCCAACUAAGACCUUGUCAAAAUGAUGCUAAAUGUAUCAAUCUCUUCCAAGACUACUUCUGCGUUUGUCCCUCUGGAACUGAUGGUAAACAAUGUGAAACAGCACCUCAGCGUUGUAUCGGGAAUCCUUGCAUGCAUGGCGGAAAAUGCCAAGAUUUCGGAUCAGGACUUAAUUGUUCUUGUUCAAAUGACUUCACCGGCGUAGGAUGUCAGUACGAAUAUGACGCAUGUUCUGCUGGAGCUUGUCAAAAUGGCGCAACAUGCACCGACCAUGGGGCAGGAUUCAAAUGUAUAUGCCCCGCGGGAUUUACAGGGAAAUAUUGCGAAAAAGAUAUUAUCGACUGCAAAGAGAAUUCCUGCCCGCCAAGCGCCACUUGUGUGGAUUUAAUCGGAAGGUUCUACUGCCAAUGUCCUUUCAAUUUGACAGGAGAAGAUUGCAGGAAAUCAAUUUCGGUUGACUACGAUCUUUACUUCAGCGAUGCGACAAGAAGUUCUGCAGCACAGGUAAUACCAUUCUAUACCGGUUCGAAGAGCAGCCUCACAAUUGCAAUGUGGGUGAGAUUCACGCAGAAGGAUGAGAACGGAAUAUUCUUUACACUCUAUAGCGUUUCCAACAAACAUCUGACAAUCGACAGGAGAGUCCUCAUUCAAAUCCAUUCCAACGGAGUUCAGGUUUCAUUGUUCACUGAGUUGCAAGACGUCUACCUCAGUUACAGAGAUUACACCACCAUAAAUGAUGCCCAAUGGCAUCACAUAGCAGUCGUUUGGGAUGGAGAAAAUGGUGGAGAAUUGAAACUCAUAACGGAAGGUCUUAUCGCCAGUAAAGUAGACGGAUAUGGAAGCGGAAGAAAACUACCUGAAUAUGCUUGGGUCACAUUGGGAAAACCGAGAACUAUUACUCCCAAAUCCUACACAGAAUCUGGAUUCCAAGGACAUUUAACAAAAGUACAGAUUUGGAGUCGCGCUUUGGAUGUUACCAAUGAGAUACAAAAACAAGUAAGAGACUGCAGAACAGAACCCGUUUUAUACAACGGACUGGUGCUCAACUGGGCAGGUUACGAAGACACCACUGGUGGAGUUGAACGAAUUGUACCGUCUCAAUGUGGUCAAAGAAAUUGUCCUCUUGGAUAUACCGGAAGCAAAUGCCAAGAUUUAGUGGUAGACAAGAUCCCACCAAAGGUAGAAUACUGCCCAGGCGAUCUGUGGAUCAUUGCUAAGAAUGGUUCUGCGAUAGUUCAUUGGGACGAACCGCACUUCAGCGACAACAUCGGUGUUGUCAAAGUCCAGGAGAAGAGUAAUCACAGACCAGGACAAACUCUCUUAUGGGGAAUCUACCAAAUCGCAUAUGUUGCCAAAGAUGCAGCUGGAAAUACAGCUACAUGCACAUUUAAGGUGUCCGUUCUAUCCGAAUUUUGCCCAGAAUUGGACGAUCCUGUUGGAGGAGUCCAGAGUUGUAAAGAUUGGGGUGCCGGAGGGCAAUUUAAAGUAUGUGAAAUCGGUUGCAACCCAGGAUUACGUUUCUCACAAGACGUUCCCAAAUUCUACACUUGCGGAGCCGAAGGAUUUUGGAGGCCAACGAUGGAUCCGAACCUUCCAUUAAUUUAUCCUGCUUGUUCACCAUCCAAACCAGCCCAAAGGGUGUUCAAAAUAUCCAUGCUCUUCCCAAGUUCUGUACUUUGUAACGAGGCCGGGCAAGGAGUUUUGCGUCAGAAAGUGCGAACGGCUGUUAACUCUCUUAACAGAGACUGGAACUUUUGCUCGUUCUCUGUCGAAGGAACUCGCGAAUGCAGGGAACUCGAUAUCGAUGUAAAGUGCGACCACAGAAGCCCCAGAAAAACACGACAAACUACCGACGAUGAAGACGAGAGCACUUACGUAAUUGAUGCUAAAGUACCAGUGGAAAAAACCACUCCCAUAAAUCGCCAGGAACGUCAACAAACCAGCGAUACCUACAACGUAGAAAUUUCCUUCCCAGCCAUCAACGACCCUGUAAUCAAUUCCAACACCAACGAACGCGCCACAGUACAAAGACUAUUGCAAAAACUCAUUCUGGAAGAUGAUGAGUUUGAUGUCCACGAAAUCUUACCCAAUACAGUACCUGAUCCUGCAUCAUUACUUCUUGAAUCCGACUAUGCAUGUCCAUCAGGUCAAGUUGUGAUGGCCCCUGAUUGCGUUCCAUGCGCCGUGGGCACAUAUUUCAACAAAACUACCGCCAAAUGCAUCCCAUGUGCUGUGGGAACGUACCAAAGCGAAACUGGACAGUUACAAUGUUCCCCAUGCCCCAUAAUCGCUGGAAGAUCUGGAGUAACAAUUGGACCAGGAGCAAGAAGUGCAGCAGAUUGUAAAGAACGUUGUCCAGCUGGUAAAUAUUUCGACCAUGAGGCGGGACUUUGUCGCAGCUGCGGUCAUGGAUUCUACCAACCUGACGAAGGAUCGUUCACAUGUAAACUGUGCGGUCUUGGAAAAACUACUCGCACUGCGGAAGCCGUUUCCGAAAAAGAAUGUCGCGAUGAAUGUGGAAGCGGAUUGCAAUUAGGUCUGGAUGGUAAAUGCGAAGCUUGUCCAAGAGGCACAUACAGGAUGCAAGGAGUUCAACCGGUAUGCCAAAGUUGUCCACUUGGAAGAACCACACCCAAAAUCGGUGCCUCGACGAUUGAAGAAUGCUCGCUCCCAGUGUGUACCCCAGGAACAUAUCUAAACGGUACUCUGAACAGCUGCGUAUCGUGUAAAAAGGGCUGGUACCAACCGGAUUCUCAACAGACAUCAUGUAUUCCUUGUCCACCAAACACUAGCACUAAAGGAGAUGCAGCGACCAGCAAAGCGGAAUGCACUAAUCCAUGCGAAAUGCAGGGAUCAGAGAUACACUGCGAUGAAAAUGCCUACUGUCUUCUCAUACCCGAAACCAGCGACUUCAAAUGCGAAUGUAAACCAGGUUUCAAUGGUACCGGAGAAUUUUGCUUGGAUCUUUGUGACGGUUACUGUGAAAACGAGGGCGUUUGCGUGAAGGAUGUCAGAGGGCAGCCGUCAUGUAGAUGUAUAGGAAGCUUCACUGGUAAACACUGCGCCGAAAAGUCUGAGUUUGCUUAUAUCGCUGGUGGUAUAGCAGCGGCUGUGAUUUUGAUCAUUUUCAUCGUCCUCCUAAUUUGGAUGAUUUGUGCCAGAUCGACUCAUCGAAGAGAACCAAAGAAACUGCUCAGUCCUGCGGCUGACCAAAAUGGCUCCCAAGUAAACUUCUACUAUGGAGCACCGACGCCAUAUGCGGAGAGCAUUGCUCCAAGUCAUCACUCCACCUACGCUCAUUAUUACGACGACGAAGAGGACGGGUGGGAAAUGCCAAACUUCUACAACGAGACUUACAUGAAAGAAAGCCUGCACGGAGGGAUGAAUGGGGGGAAAAUGAACAGUCUGGCGAGAUCAAACGCCAGUCUUUACGGCACCAAAGAAGACUUGUACGAUAGAUUAAAAAGGCACGCAUAUAACGGAAAGAAAGGUUGGUAUCUCAUCAUCAUCAUCAUCAUCAUAAGAAUAUUUAUUAUGACUUAUGACGCGAUCUAUUAUCGUGCAUUAACACGGACUAUGAAUUUGUUUGGGUGA